AUGCCUCUCACUCCUAAAGAUGACCCCUCCCGCCCUGCCACCCCUUCAAAUGCCGGAAUAACACGUAACUCCGAUGGGCAACAGAUAAUUCCCGCCUCAGUCAGACCUGAUGGAACAACUCGGCGUGAAAUCAAAGUACGUCCAGGAUAUCGUCCACCAGAAGAUGUCGAGGUUUAUACGAACCGCACUGUCGAAACAUGGAAGAAUCGCGGCAGCGGAGGGGUCCCAGGAGCUGCAGCUGCGAGCGAUGACGACAAGAAAACCGAUUCCGCAGGAAGCGAUAAAAAUGCGAAACGACGAGCUGCGAGAAAAAGAGCGAAGGAGCUAGAGCGGGAAACAAAGAAUGAGGCCGGGGAAGAAACAAAGGCCCCAACGAAGGAAAUCAAGGAAGAUUUGGAAACCGGUGGAGCGAAGGUAUCGAAAAAGAGUCCGCACGCCUCAACAAAUACCACGAGUCGAGCGACAUCGCCGAAGCCAAAGCCCGAACUGACGCAGGAGGAAAAGGAAAAGUUGGCAAAGGGUAUCAGGAAGAAAAUUCGACAAGCGAACGAAUUGAAAGAUAGGAAAGACAAUGGGGAGAACUUACUACCCGAGCAGCUUGAGAAGGUUAUCAAACUACAUGAGUUGACAAGGCAACUUAAUACUUUGGGAUUAGAGUAG